AAGACAAGCGUAGAAUAAAAAGCUCCACGCGUCCUCUUUCGAGCUUCCUUGUAUCUCUCUUUCUUUCUUUCUUUGCUGACACACCAUCCAUCCAUCUCCAUUUCCUUCUCAAUCAACAAGGAAUAAUAUCAAAUCUCUUCUCCAAUCAAUCAAUCCAACAAACUAGAAAAGUGAUUUCCGGUCAUGUUAAUUGAAGAAAAUCGACAAAGUAUAUAGAAAUCAAAGAAAGAAAGAAAGAAAGCAAUGGGAUCCGAGACCUUCCUUGAAGUUAUUCUAGCAAUUCUCAUACCUCCUGUUGGGGUCUUCCUCCGUUAUGGAUGUGGCGUCGAGUUUUGGAUAGAUUUAUUGCUCACACUUCUCGGGUACAUACCAGGGAUCAUAUAUGCAAUAUACGUACUUGUCGGCUAGAAAAAAAAAAUAUGUUCUCUUUUUUUAAUUUCAUGCAUCAAUUAGAAAUAUGUUCUAAUUUCAUUUUGGUAUCUAGCUACUUUAUAGUUUUAAUUAGUUUCUGGUUUUAAGGGCAGAUUUUUGCAUCUCCACCUGUUGUUGUAUUAAGGUUACCUAUUUAUAUUAAUGUAGUACUUU